AUGUUCAACCUAGCAUGCUUUCGUCCACCUAUACGCCUGCUGCACCGACUGUCUUUCGUCCGUUGUUAUAGCGAGGAAGCUGCAACGAUAUCGCAGAACACUGAUCACCGCUCCUCUGCACCGACAUCAGAACAUUCUUCCGCGCUCAUCCUCCACAUACCCAAGUCCUCCAUCUACUCUCUCGGGGACUCCAGUGGCAUAUCCGAGCCUCUCUUGCGAGACGUCUCCUGGACUGUUCGGCCAAAUGAGGCAUGGGCCAUCGUCACCGCUGGCUAUGGCAGCAGCAAGCGCACUUUGCUGAAAGCUCUGAUAGGUCAGCGGCGGAUUGAUCCUUUCCCUCCAGAUGGCAUAUUCCCUUUUAUCAAGCACAAAGACCUCGCCUCACACGUAGUGCUUGUGAGCAGUGGUCGAAAUACGCCGGGAGCAGAGUUCUAUGACUACACCGCUCGGUACGGGGCUAUCCGUGACGGUGACAAGAAGACGCUGCGGGAGGCCUACUUCACUGAAUCCGGCCCGUCGACAGACAAACUGGCCAUCCCUUCUUUGCACGAAAGGAGGCGCGUCGACGGAUCUACACAUUCGAAGAAGCAGACGCUGUUCAAAAAGCUUAUCCGUGACCUUGGCCUAUCAAAGCUUUUAGAGCUCCCUGUCGUUGCACUGAGUAACGGACAGAUGCGUCUGGUGCGGAUUGCGAAAGCGCUAUUGCGCCAGCCUUCGCUGCUUCUGUUGGAUGAGCCGUUAACGGGGCUCGAUGUCGAUACGCGUUCCUUACUUGUAAGAUUCCUGCGCAGGUUGCACUUUUCUUCGGAUCCGAGCAACCCGCACGUUAUUCUCGGGAUGCGUCCAAAUGAUCCUCUUCCUGACUGGAUCACCCAUGUCGCCUUGGUCACAUCCGAACACACGGUCCUGACAGGGACAAAGCAGGAGCUUGCCUCGGAGAUCGAAGGGAAGUUCCGGGCCAAUCUGGGGCUCCACCACACCACCCAGCAAGGCGAGCGAAAGCUCGGCUACGAGAUCAUCCGCGUCUCUGAUCUCAACCUCAGCUACGGCGACCGUCAGGUGCUCAAAAACGUCAACUGGACGAUCCACGAAAACUCACGCUGGCACCUGAUGGGCGACAAUGGUGCUGGAAAGACGACGCUCCUCGCCAUGAUCACUGGCGAGCACCCGCAGUCGUUCACACACGCCGACUGCCUGCGCAUAUUGGGACGACAGCGCGACAGCUGGCCGACUGUGGCGCUCAACGGGCGCAUCGGGCGCACCUCGCCCGAGCUACACCACGCGUUCCCGCGGCGGCCGGGCAUGACAGUGUGGGACGUCGUCGGAACGGGCUUCCACGGCGAGUUCGUGCCGCGCGGGCGACUGCACGUUGGGAUGAAUGCAGAUGGCACGUCGCUCGAGCCUGCUGGGAGGGUCGAGACGUGGCGCGUCCGCCGGAUGUGGCAGGUGCUCGAAGGCCUCGGGCCCCGUUCGUGGGCGGGCCGCGUGGCGGACGGCGACUACGAGGCGGAGGAGGACAAGGCGUUCGCGAAGCGCCAUUUCGUGGACCUCUCGCCUGGCGAGCAGUCGAUCGUGCUGCUGAUGCGCGCGCUGGUGGGCCGGCAGCAGCUCGUGCUGCUCGAUGAGGUGUGGUCUGGGAUGGACGAUGGGAUGGUGCAGGCGGUGCGGAGGUAUUUGGCGGAUGGCGGUCGAGGGCUGUUGCCGACGCAGGCAUGUGUGAUUAUCAACCAUUUUGAGGAGGAGGUGCCGUGGACUCGGCAGGAGGGCCUGCAGAGGCUGCUGUUGAAGGAUGGGGAAGCGCAUGAGGUGAAGUGA